UCAAUUCGUCAUUUAUUUAUUUAGGGUUUUAAUCGAUAUUUUUGCCUUUUAUUUCAUUUCUUUAUUGUUUUUAUUUGUUCUUGUUUUCUAUUUGUGUUGUUAUUGUUCAGAAAUGACUAGAUUAAAUGACAAUAAACCUCUCUAAAAGUGUUUCAACAAAAGAACAAGAAAGUUCAUUCAACUUCCAAUAAUCUCAUUGUUGUUUGUUUCCGAUGGUGCUUUGUUACACGUGUGGUGUGGAAGGUUUUCCCGCUCUUCUAAUUUACUGUCAGCAGUGCAACAUUGUUGCCGUUCAUCGGUAUUGUGUAGAUGGUCGUCCCAUUGUUGACGAUGAUGAAGCUGUUUGGUCCUGUGAGGAAUGUGUUCCUAGAAAGUCCAAGUCCACUCUAGUUUCUAGGAAGAGUGAACGCAUAAACUUACAAGCAAAUCGAGAGGCGCUGCGAAGAAAAGCUAGAAAAAACUGGAAACAAAAUUCGAUUUCCCUAAAAGUUGUACAAUCAAAAUGUGCGGGAAACAUAGAUAAAAAGGUGGAUGAUGAGAAAUCUGACUUAGAUGAGAAUAAAUUGUAUAGUGAGAAAUGUGCUCCUAGAAAGCCUGAGCCCACUCUAGUCUCUAGGAAGAGUGAAUGCAUAAACUUACAAGCAAAUCGUUUGGGAAGCACGGCUAUAAAAGCAGGAGAUGAAAAGGCUAACUUGGAUGAGAAUACAUCAAGUUCUAAUAAUGCAUUUAAUUGGGAUGAGGGGAAAGAUGAAACUGGCACAAGAUAUCAAGGUAAGUUAAAAGAAAAUGAAAUUACACGAUAUACACUUUGUACAACGGUGGCAGGUUCUGAACUAGCUCCUCUAAUAAGGAAAAAGAGAACUGUUUUCAACUCUGAUGAUGCCUCGAACAAGAAAUCUUCCGAACCUUCAAUGUUAACAGGCCAGAAGACCGAUAAUUUAAAUUCCUUUAAGGUUAUUGAUGAUAAAAAGCUACAUAAAAAGCUGGAGAAUGUUUAUGAACAUUCACAGACAGAGCUAGACAAUGUCGUUGAAAAUCUACAGGCAAAGCUGGUGAAUGUUGAUGAUCAAAAUCUACGGACGAGGCUGGAGACUGUUGAUGAUCAAAGUGUUAAGACAAAGCCUGAGAAUGUUGAUGAAAUUAUGCAGAUUGUUGAUGAUGUGAAAUCACAGAAUAAGCUGGAGAGUGGUCAUGAUGAUUUACAGAAAAAGCCGGAGAUGACUUUGUGUCGUCAGCAGCUAACCAAAGAACCAGAAAUUAGUCUGGAGAUCAUGUCUAACAAUGAUGAUAUUGAGCAAUCUCUUUCUGAAAUUAAUUCAAAUGUGCUAGAUGAACAGCAAGAAAAUAGGAGUUUUCCAGUUGUGGAGGAACCUGAUAGUUCAGGUUCUAUAACUUCCAACAACGAGGGAAUCAAAUCUCUUUCACAUUCUCAUGUCAAUAUUUAUAAAUUACCAGCACCUAGGAAGAGGAGGAGGUUAAUUAAUGAAAUGGACUUUUAUGAUUCCGAUGAAGAGUCGGUUUUAGCACAGGAUAAAGAUCCGCAGAUUGCAGCUGAAGUUGGAGGCAAUAUCCCCCUCCUGUCAACCAGGGAGUCUCCUGUUAUGAUAGGUGAAAAUGUCUCUGCAGACCAGUCGUUCAAAAAAUUUGAAGUUUGCUUCCCUACUCAACUAUAUCCUAUAAACUCAGAUAACAUCCAAACUCAAGCGUCUUCCCAGUACUUUUACAAUUGCUUCAUCAUUAAACGGGCACCUCCAAUUUUUACUAAUUACUGCUCAGCCAAUAAACAAUGCAGUAUGGAGAUAAUUUAUAUACUACAGCUGGGUACUAUACUGGAUUUUCUGGUACAAAUGUUCUAGGUUUUCACAGCUUACAACCUCUAUUUGUUGCUUACCAGGGGACAUUGUAGUGUUAGAAAUGAAGCGCAUUUGAGCAUCAGAAAUUAUGUGUGUCCUAUAUCUUUUGGACUGGAGGCCCGUCUAUCAACCAAAGCUCAUGGAAACGUUCAUGGUGCGGCAAGUGCAUUGCCCAAUUCACUUAGCUUUGAGAUUGUGGAAAAGUGUUAUGCGUGGCCCAACAGUUUUAAGAGGUCCUCUCCCACGGGUGAUACAAUUGGUCUUUAUUUUUUUCUAGUGAAAGACCAAUGAGCCACUUGAAAUGUCUGGACUAGCUUUUCUUCUAGUCUAAAUUAAAGCUAGUCUAAAGUAGAUGAUUAAUUAAAGUACUUGUAACUCGAUUACUAUCUUUUAAAUUACGGCCUUAUGAGCCAUUUGAAAAGAAAGUGAAACCCAAGAAAUUUAGUAGAUAAUUCAAUGGUUAUUCAGAAAUA